ACAGCUCAAUCCAAGUAUCAUUGCACCUCUGAGGAUGACUCCAAUCUGGGCAAUUAUUUUAUUUCUCAACAUAUCUCCAACCCAAGCUGGGGAUUUUUCCAGACCAUCAUAUCUCUCAGUGAAGUCUGGAGAAGGUGUUACUCUGAACUGCCCAUUUGGAGACAUUCGUAGGACUGAUAGUGUGGUUUGGUACAAACAAAACUUCGGAGAGAUGCCUCAAAAAGUGGGAGAAAGAUUAAUAUAUAAGGAUGUCAAAAUUUGCCCAGUGUUCAAGAUGUCAGGAUUUAUAAUGGAGGCGACUGAUAACGGCAUUUCUCUAACAAUUCCACACAUAAAAAAAGAACAUGGAGGACUUUACUACUGUGAAAAAUGUAUGUUGGAGAAUGUUACCCUAUCCAAUGGAACUUACUUGGCUGUAACAGGUGAUGGAGAUGUAAAAGUGUCAGUGAUCCAGAGCGGCGUGUCGGACUCGGUUCCUGCAGGAGCGUCAGUGACUCUGCAGUGCUCGGUUCUCUCUGAGAGCAGAUCAGCAGAAAUCCAAGUGCUCUGGUUCAGAGCUGCUCCACCACAAUCCCAUCCUCAAAUCAUUUACACUCAUCACAACCGCAGCCAUCAGUGUGAGAGCGGCUCUUCUACACACACCUGUGUGUACAACUUCUCCAAGAACAUCCUCAGCCUCAAUGAUACUGGGACUUACUACUGCGCUGUGGCCGUGUGUGGGAAGAUCAUUUUUGGGAACGGGACACGAGUACAGUUGGAGAACGUUCCAGAAUUUGGUUGGUAAAAAAAAAAAUUAUGAAUAUUAUUUGUGUUUCAACUACAAAAAAAUUUUCUCUUUAAUUAUUUCUAUGUCAAAUUUUAACCUGAUUAGUGGUUAUAAAUAUGCAAAGCAUUGCUCAGAUUGUUAUUUAUAUGUCUAUCUUAAUACUGUACUGCACAUAUUCAUUAUUUGACAUUUAUUGUCCUGCAGUAAGAUCUUUAGGUCCUGAAGUGAUCUACCUCGCAGUAGUAUUGGCAGUGUGUAUGGUUGUGAUUUUAGCACAAGCAUUUAUAAUCUGUAAAAAGUGGAACUGUGACCAAUUCAGAGUGAGAUCUCAACAAGAUUCUAUGGCAGAGAAAACACCCAAUCAGGGUCGUGAUACAGUGGAGCUGAAUUACGCUGCUUUACAUUUUAAUAAGAAGAAUACCAAAAGAGUGACCAGGAAGACAGACCAACCUGCAGACUGCGUUUAUUCUGCAGUGUCAUCUGCUACCUAGAUUAUAUUUCUUAUUGCUUUAAUUUAUUCAUUCACACUUAAGAUUAGAAUUUGUUCUAGUUUUUAAGGUUUACUCUCAAAGUAAAGUGUAUCACACGUCUGUGGUCAGGUUUCUCAUGUUUAUUAAUUAAGCAGUGUUGAAAAUCUGUGUUUGAAAUCAGACGAGUUUCUGUGAAACAGUCUGUGUGUGCAUUUGUGUGUGUGUGUGUGUGUGUGUGUGUGUGUGUGUGUGUGUGUGUGUGUGUGUGUGUGUGUGUGUGUGUGUGUGUGUGCUGAGAAACAAAAAUUAUGAGUUUGCAAUCAGUAAAGAAAUCAUUUAUUUAAGUAUGAGUUCAUAUUGACCCCCAUCCCCCCCUCCCUUUUUUUUUUCACUUGGUCAUUUGAUGCAUCUGGAUUUUAUCCUAAUAUAAUGUUAUUACAUCCAUUUUUGUUCAGGGUUAGACUGAAAUAUGUUUCUCUUUUGUACAUAUCGAAACCAGAAGUAAAAUUUUAGCAUUUUAUAAUCUAGUUACCCCCAAAAGUGAAAAAGGAAGGGGAAAAAAGAUUUCAUUUCAAAUGCUGCACAGGCAUGUCAGACAAUUUGACUGCUGGUAUCUGACUGAAAACUGAAUUGUCUAGCGUUUUGUCUAUUUCAU